CUUUGAAAGGACUUUGGGCAGUCCGACACCGGAAGUCGUAAUGUUUUGGUCGCGCCUUAUUGGCUGAUGAAGAGCGGUAGACCCUGAAACAGCAGGAAAAACUAUGUGGAAAAAAUGCGGACGUUUUUACCUGCCGUAGCAGAACAGCUUUUCCGAGACAUCCGGAAAAUCUACGAGGAGACGAGUCAAAUACCCGAUGACCUACUUGUUGCGCUGAAGUUUGUCUUCGGGACUUGUGCGCUGCAGGCGUUGGACCUGGUUGACCAGAGCUCCGUCACGUGUCUGUCCUCUCCCAGCGGUCGAAAAGCCUUCCAGGUCAUUGGAGGCUCGGGCCGUUUGUACACUUGCUUCUUGUCCUGUCACUACUGCCCCUGCCCGGCGUUUACCUACACAGUCCUGCGCAGAAACCAAGGUCUGCUGUGCAAACACAUCCUGGCCGUCUACCUGUGUCAGGCUAUGGCUGUGACUCAACAGGAGAGUGUCUCCGAUCAGCAGAUGUCCGCGGUGCUGAGCGGGACAGAGAGCCCGUAGCAGCCCCCACAUGGGCGGCUCUCCGGCUUGCUGCAUUUAUCUGAAAGAUAACAGAUUCUACUCUGUUUUCUUUCAGAAAUGUUCUUGAUCUCAAAUACUUACAGCUUUAUUUUUAGUUGCUUUUUAUCUGGCGCUCCAUCAGUUUUGGAGUGAGAGAACAUCUGGACACCGGGGUCACUUCCAAACCGACUCACUGCAGAGUCAUGAUUAUUAUUUUUUUUUCUCAUGCGCUGCUACUAAAUAUAAACUUGUCACGACUUUAACAUGUGGGAAUAAAAUCCGACUGUACCAAUAUAAACGUUGCCUUUAUUAACAAAAUAAUUCACCAUGCAUACAGAUUGCAUCAUGUUAAACAGUUGUAGUUUU